AGGUCAAGGCCGGUUUAAAAUGGCUGCAAUGGAGCAGGGGGUGUCGGAGGGGAUGAUGAAGGCACUUGGUGAUGUCCCUCUGUCGCCCACCCUGUUACCGUGGGACCGAUUUUCCAACUGGCUUCAUUGUGCGUGUGUUGUCACGUUUGACUUGGAACUAGGGCAGGCGAUGGAAUUAAUCUACCCGGGCCAUGUCAAACUCACAGAUACAGAGAAAGCCAAUAUCUGUUACCUGUCUUUUCCGGAUUCAAAUUCAGGCUGUAUGGGAGAUACUCAAUUCCACUUCCGUAUCCGACAGAGUCCCGGACGUAAGACAACAUCUAAAUGUCAACACCAGUUCAACAAGGACUAUCCUGUCUCAAUCCAGAGUGAUGGUGCCUAUUACUAUGGAUUUGUGUUCUUUCGACAAACCAAGGACAGGUCCAUCCGUAGAGGGUACUUUCAGAAGUCAUUGGUUUUAAUAUCCAAGCUGCCAUUUGUAGCACUGUUCCAGCAACUUGUCAGUAUCAUAGCACCAGAAUACUUUGAAAAUGGUGAACCAAGUCUCGAAGCAGCAUGUCAUGAUAUGGACCAGUGGCCUGAUCCGGUACCUGGUGAAACGGUCAAUCUGCCCAUAUUUGGUAGUGUUCUACAGAUAUCCAUAGAGUCUCGAGUUCCAUCACGUUCAGAUAAAGUAUUAGGCCGAGGUCAAAACAUACGUGUUGGGGCGCCCACAGUGCCAGCCCAUUCCAUUCUGCCCUCCCUUUAUGAAGUGGACAUCUACAGUGCAUUUCUACCCAUUCUACCUCACAUUCAGAUGUUAUGGGAAUUAGUCCUGGCAGGGGAGCCAUUGGUUGUCAUGGCACCCUCUCCAUCAAUAACAUCAUCAACAGUGCAGGCGCUGAUCAGUCUAAUUGGUCCAUUGAAAUUUUAUGGUGACUACCGCCCAUACUUCACAAUCCAUGACAGCGAGUUUAAGGAGUACACCACAAAAACACAGGCACCACCUCCAGUCAUUCUUGGUGUCACAAAUCCAUUUUUUGCCAAAACUCUCCAGCACUGGCCCAAUAUUAUUCGGAUCGGGGAGAUGACUCACGGAUCUUCCAAAAUUUUCAACAAGUUAAAAAAGGCCAGUAGCCUAAAAACACUGGAUUCUAAACCAGGCGUGUACACGAGAUACAAAGCUUUCCUCACCAAAGACAAAAUCAUCCUGAAGAGACUUAUUAAGGGUAUCCAGAGUAAGCGACCCCCGGAGGCCCAGAAUGCAAUAUUACGACGUCACUUCCUCGAACUCACACACAGCUUCAUGAUACCUCUGGAGAGAUACAUGGCCAGUUUGAUGCCUCUUCAACGCAACAUAUCACCUCACAAAGGACCUCCCAGACUGCGUCCAUUUGAUCCAGAGGAGUUCUUACGAUCCCUCGAACACUCGGGUCCCCAGCUGACAUCAGGGGUGAAAGGUGACUGGGAAGGGCUGUACCGUAAAUUCUUCAAGAGCCAGAACUUUGAGGGCUGGUACUACCACCGCCAGUAUGAGGUCAACCAGAAACUCCAGGUACUCCAUAUGGAGGCACUGUGUGACUCGGACCUGGUGGCCUGGAUUCAGGACAAGGAGGAGGUGGAGAUCGUCGACCUCAUCCUCCGUAUACGGGAGAAAUUGGCAUUCGCUGCAAGUAACCAGAUAGCUGUGAGUGAUGAGAGCUUGCAGAAACUUAACAAACACAUGGACAAUAUCAUCUCCUCGUUACCUGAAGAUCUACAGACAGUUCUGAAGAGUUGACACCGGACUUCCGCAUAGUUACCGUAGUGACAAUCUCUACAGGAUUGGCCUUGGCCAUCUUGGAGCUACAUCGAGGGGGAUCAAGGUCUGAAGUACAGGUCAGACUUUGGUUUGUUCUCGUAUAUCAGCGGUGCUGAUUACAGUCAACACAAGGGGCAGCUGUCGAAGUCUAUCUGGCAGCUUAGGUCAUAACGCCCACCAUCUGAGGAGUAACGUUCAAGGUGAUUACAUCACCCAAGGUCGUGACACAUAUAGGUCAAGGUCACAGGCACCACAGGAAAAUCCAAAUGAGGCAACGUUUGCUUUGUGAUUAAAGAUCAAGGAAGUUGUCAUGGCAGUCAAGUUCAUGACCUUUUGACCUCUAACUCCUGGAUGGGAUGGCAAAUCCCCAUCAGUGAUACAGUAUUGUAUACAGUGUCCGACUCGUUUCUAGUCCCGUCCUGUGUAAUACUAGUGCAUGGCUAUGUGUCACCAUGACAACCAGGUCAUUCAGGAACAUUAUGUUCACAAUUAUGAAAUAGAAAUGUUUCUUAUUUUUGAAAAAUAAUUUUGAUUUUGUUUUUAAAUAU